CAAAUAAUGUCCAACAAUAUUAUUAUAACUUUCUGGCGGAAACCAAUGCUGCACUGUACCAAUUAAUUUUGCCAAUCCAAUCAUAUAUAAACUCACCUUUAUAAGUAUUUUAAAAAUAGUUUUGUCAAUUUAAGCACAGAAAAAUAUAAACAAACACUCGGCACACGUGUGCUAUCGAUAUGGCUGGCUUUUUAUUCUAUCGAUUUGUCGUGUGUUGUGACCAAUCGUCAUCGAGCCAUCGUAAAAACAUAAACAAAAAUCUGCCGGCUUAGAAAUACUUCUUAGUCCUUACUUGAUAAAAGUGUAUAAACAAAUAAUUAAAGUUUAAAAUGCCUAACUGGAAUCAAAUACAGUCCCAACUGAGACACUCCAACAAUCCGGUCGUUUUUUUCGACAUUGCCGUAGGCACAACGGAAAUCGGUCGAAUGAUAUUCGAACUCUUUGCGGACACAGUGCCCCGCACGGCGGAAAACUUCCGACAGUUCUGCACCGGCGAGUACCGACCGGAUGGCGUUCCCAUUGGCUACAAAGGCGCCAGUUUCCAUCGAGUGAUCAAGGACUUCAUGAUCCAAGGCGGCGAUUUUGUGCAGGGCGACGGCACCGGCGUAACCAGCAUAUACGGCAACACAUUCGGCGACGAGAAUUUCACCCUGAAGCACGACUCGCCCGGACUCCUUUCCAUGGCAAACAGUGGCAAGGAGACCAACGGCUGCCAGUUCUUUAUCACCUGCGCCAAGUGCAACUUUUUAGACGGCAAACACGUGGUAUUCGGUCGCGUCCUUGAUGGUCUGCUCAUUAUGCGUAAGAUCGAGAACGUGCCCACGGGCCCCAAUAACAAGCCGAAACUCCCAGUGACCAUUUCGCAGUGCGGGCAAAUGUAGCGAGGAGUUAUAAAUGUUGUAAUAAAGUCUCUAUUAUGUCUUUUUAAACGAA